GCAAGACCUGCAGAUUGAGCAAAACGCUCAAUCCAAACGAGGGCAUUGUGUUUCCCUGACAAAGUUGCCACUGACAACCAACAUGCCGGAGCCAUGUCAUUGGUAGGUGACACUAACUACCUCCCCCACAGGUGACAGUAAAAAUACUUCUGCUCCCCAAAACAGCUCUGAUUAUUCUGUUUAGGGAGUUUGUGCGUGACAAGACAAGCCAGUGUUUUCAAAAAACGAUUUCACGAUUUAAGUGAUGAGCAAAAUAGUGUACUAUAAGCCUCUUAGAGAUAACAUAAGACACAUACAGUAGUUUUUGUGACUUUUUGUGUCUGUCCUCUGUAUAUGAGAGAGAGAGAGAAUGGAUUAUAUGCUGCAAUGGAGGGUGUUGCCUCUGCUGACACUACUCGCUUCUUUUUUGUUGUUGUUCUACAUCCAGAACUCUUCCAAGUCGUCUCAGAAGGAGUGUAGCCUUCUUCCUUACCAGCACUAUUGGAUAACCAGCAAACGCAUUGUGACACCACAAGGUGUCAUUUCUGGUUCAGUUGAAAUAAAAGAGGGGAAGAUUUUAUCAAUUGUUAAAGAAGAGGACUGGCAGGGGAAAUCCAAGGUGGGGCAUAUAGUUGAUUAUGAAGAGGCUGUUGUCAUGCCUGGCCUGAUUGAUGUGCAUGCACAUCUUGAUGAUCCUGGAAGAGCUGAAUGGGAAGGAUUUCCUUCCGGGACUAAAGCAGCUGCUGCAGGUGGUAUAACAACAUUGGUUGACAUGCCUCUAAAUAGUUUCCCAUCUACUGUGUCUCAAGAGACUUUGAAACUCAAGAUUAAAGCUGCAAAGGAGAGAAUUUAUGUCGAUGUUGGUUUCUGGGGAGGUUUAGUUCUGGAAAAUGCAUUCAAUGCAAGUGCUCUUGAGGCUCUCCUAAAUGCUGGUGUUCUUGGUUUGAAGUCCUUUAUGUGUCCUUCGGGGAUCAACGAUUUUCCCAUGACAAAUUCCAGUCAUAUAAAGGAGGGACUGUCUGUCCUGGCAAAAUACAGAAGACCAUUACUUGUACAUGCAGAGAUUCAACAAGAUUCUGAAAUCCACUUGGAAGCUAAAGAUGGCAGUGAUGAUGCUCAUUCUUACUCAACCUAUCUGAAGACUAGGCCACCUUCAUGGGAGGAGGCAGCUAUUAGGGAGCUUGUAGCAGUGACAAAGGAGACAAGGAGUGGUGGCCUUGCAGAAGGAUCUCAUCUUCAUAUUGUUCACUUGUCUGAUUCAAGUUCUUCCUUAGAACUUAUUAAGGAAGCAAAAAAUGGUGGUGACAGCAUAACUGUUGAGACUUGCCCCCAUUACUUGGCUUUCUCAGCAGAAGAGAUCCAUGAUGGAGAUACUCGCUUUAAGUGUGCUCCACCUAUCCGUGAUGCAGCCAAUAAAGAAAAACUAUGGGAAGCUUUGUUGGAAGGACAUAUCGACAUGUUAAGUUCUGAUCAUUCACCAACAGUGCCAGAGCUCAAGCUGCUUGAUGAUGGUAACUUUUUGAGGGCUUGGGGUGGCAUAUCCUCUUUGCAGUUUGUUCUUCCUGUGACAUGGUCAUAUGGGCAGAAAUAUGGGGUAACUUUGGAACAGUUAGCUUUAUGGUGGAGUGAGAGGCCUGCCAAACUUGCUGGACAAGAGCUAAAGGGUGCAAUUGCUACUGGAAACCUUGCAGAUAUUGUCAUAUGGGAACCGGAUGUGGAGUUUGACCUCAAUGAUGACUAUCCUGUAUACUUUAAGCAUCCUAGUAUCUCAGCCUAUAUGGGAACAAAACUGUCUGGAAGAGUGUUGGCAACUUUUGUAAGAGGGAACCUUGUGUACAAAGAGGGGAAGCAUGCUCCUGCAGCCUGUGGUGUUCCAAUCCUCGCAAGAUAAAGACCAAAAAAAUGAAAACCUGUAACUAUUUUAAGUUUCUAAUAUCCAAUGGUUUCUUGAUGUUUUAUUUCUUUCUUCAAUUGAUUUUCUGACAAGCACUCCAAACUCUUGCCCAUCACAAAGCCUGGGUUUGGUUGAAGGUGGGCCAGUCAUCAUUGGGGGCAAGAAGCAAUGUUGCAAUACACAAUUACCGUCAGCUUUUGCUCAACUUGGCAGUAUUGGUUAUGGGACUCAAGUCAGGUUUUACACUUUAUUGGUGAUGAUAUUGAUUUCAUCUCAAGGCAAGGAUGCACAGAGUUCAUCGCUUAUAGAGAAGAUUUCUGAACUUACAUGGACAUAAACUGUUGCUGUAUAUAUUUAAUAUAAGUCAUCAUCAAUAUACUCUUUAUCUUGUAAAACUUUAUUUGAACAUUUCUGUUGAUUGAAAAAGAAUAAUGAAAAAUCAUGCUUUUGUUUGA